UUUAUGCUUGGUAUUCCUAUUAAAAUCUGUGUGUUCUGAUGAAUGCUUAAAACAAUGGAGCAUAUACGGGUGGGGAUGUGCUUUCAAUAAUAAAUCUCUUCUUUGUGCUCUGUCACAGCUUGUCUUGCCUCUUACUGUUCUGCCCAGCCAAUAAACCAGGCAUAAGACGAUUUGAAUUUCUUAGAUUCAUUCACACAUACUGAUCACAACAACCUGCCCGAACCAGCAGCUCAGAUCAGCACCAUCUGGUGCUGUGCAUUAUCCACAAGAAGACACAGCCUCCAGGGAGGGCUGUGAACUGGAGUUGAUGAUGCCUUUUUGUAUUUGCAGGAUCUGGGGGUGAACAGCUUAGAGCAGCUCUGCAUCAACUUUGCCAAUGAGCAUCUCCAGCAUUUUUUCAACCAGACUGUCAUUGCCCAGGAAGAGGAGGAAUAUAGCCAGGAGCAGUUAGCUUGGAUUCCUGUUUCCAAGAUGUACAGUGAGUCAUGCCUAGAUUUCAUUGCUGCAAAACCCCAUGGCAUCUUGCGUAUCCUGGAUGACCAGACUUCACUGACUCAGGCCACUGACCACACUUUCCUCCAGAAGUGUCAUUACCAUCAUGGAAACAGCCCUUGGUAUGCCAAGCCCAAGCUGCCUUUGCCAGUCUUCACCGUGAAGCACUAUGCAGGCCCUGUUACCUAUCAGGUCCACAAGUUUCUUACUAAAAACCGUGACCAGCUGUGUCCAGAGGUGCUGGAUAUCUUCUCUCAGAGCCGCCUCAAGGUACUAUAG